UUCAGGGUUAUCUACCUGCAUGUACCACUUCUAAUAAUACAGUCUACUAUGUUCAUAUUAUAGGCUGCUUGUGGUGGCUGUCAUAUGCUGGUUUUUGCCACCCCAAGGCCUAAAAUAUCUGAUAACAUUCAUGAGCUAGAAGAAAAUGAGCACAGUUUAUCAGUUAAAGUCACUGAAAUGGGAGGAGAUGCAGACACCUUUCAGCAAACAUUUUCAGCACGUGUGCGACGGAGAGAGAAGAAGGAAAAAUCGCCAGAACAAUGCAGUCGAUUGGUGCGAAUGCUUCCCCCAUUGGGGAAAACUUCCUUAAAACUUGCAUCAAGUGACAUCAGCAGUACUCUUCCGCUUGGCAGAACUGAUAGUAAUAAAGAAUCUGAAUCUAUUAUGGAUCAUGAAACAGGAGAUAAGAAAGAGAAGAACAGUGAUACAGAGGACAACUCAACAGACAAUGAUUCAGAUGAAAAUGAAGAAAGAACCCUUGGUGAUACUACAGAUGUCCUAAAUAUGACCCAUGUGAUGAGACUAAAUCCAAAUGACCAAUUGGUAGAAUUAGCACCAGUUCAAAAACAAAAGUUUCAACAGUCAUCUGAUGAGGAAGAUAGAAGUGAUAGUUAUAAUACCGAAGAACAAGUAGAACAAGAACAAAAAGGGAAACAUCAAGAAAAACAAUUUAAUACUGCUCAGGUUCCUAAAGAGGAAAAGAGCAAUACAUAUUUUGAGAAUGGAGAAAAUAAUCAUAUGGCUGUAGAAACCAUAGAGGAUCAAAAUAUGUCUGAUGAGGAAGCAACUUGUAUUAGCAGUGAUGAUGACAAUGAAAAAGUCCAUGAUGAAAACAAAGAUUGUGAAAAAGAAGAGAAAGAACCAGAUGCAGCAGAAUAUUAUGAAGAUCAAGCUCUUAAUGAAGAGGAACUAAGCAGUCUAUUAUGUGAAAAUGAAGAAAAGAAUCUUAUAAAUAUGGAAACAACAGAGAAAGAUAAACCUAUUCCAGAUAAUAGCCCAGUUAAACAAG